AUGAUGACCAUGGUGGCCGUCAUGUCCGUCGUGAUGUCCCCAGCUUCCGUGUCCAGCAUGACCAUGUUCAUCUCCAUGGGCGAAUCCGGCAUCAUGUCCAUGAUCAUCUCCGGCUUCAUGUCCGUAGUUGGAGUGCCAUUCAUCUCCAGAGGCGUGGGCUUUGUGGCCUCCGUAGUCGAGGCGAGCCCAGUCGGAUUCAUCUCCCUUGGCGAAGCCGUGCUUUCCCUCAUGAUCAUGGCUGUUGUCUCCUUCCCAUCCAUGGGCAUUGUGAUUGUCGUGAUGCCAGUCGGCGCCGUGUCCGUGAUGCUCUCCGUGAUGGUCGUCGUGGUGGUGGGGUUCCCAGCCGUGAUGACCGUGGUGGCCGUCGAAGAAGCCUGA